GGCGCCGACCGCAUGUCCCCGUUCACCAGCAAGCGCGGCCCCCGGAGCUACAACAAGGGCCGCGGGGCCAAGAAGCUGGGCGUGUACACCUCCAACAGGAAGUUCAUCCUCAUCAAGGAGAUGGUGCCCCAGUUCGUCGUCCCCGACCUGGAGGGCUUCAAGCUCAAGCCCUACGUCUCGUACCGUGCCCCUGAGGGCUCCGAGCCGCCGAUGACGGCCAAGCAGCUCUUCACCGAGGUGGUGGCUCCCCACAUCGAGAAGGACGUGAAGGCAGGCACUUUUGACCCCAACAACCUGGAAAAGUAUGGCUUUGAGAACGCAGCAACGCAGGAGGGCAAGCUCUUCCAGCUCUUCCCCAAGAACUACGUGCGGUAG